AUGGCGGCCAAGGUGGUCGGUCGGUGCGCCUGGGGCUCCGCGCGGAGGUUUCGACUAGUUGCCUACCGGAAAUACAGCAGUGGGUGCAGCUAUCCCAACAUCCCUCUGACAGCUCCUCUCCCUGGAGUGCCAAAGCCUGUCUUUGCCUCUGUUGAUGGCCAAGAGGGCUUCGAAACCAAAGUGACCACCCUGGAGAACGGGAUGCAGGUGGCUUCCCAGAACAAAUUUGGACAGUUCUGUACAGUUGGGAUCCUUAUAAAUUCAGGCUCAAGAUAUGAAGCAAAGCAUACUGGUGGCAUUUCACACUUUCUUGAAAAGCUUGCUUUUUCUUCUACAGCUCAGUUUGGCAGUAAGGACGAGAUCCUCCUCACUUUGGAGAAGCAUGGCGGCAUCUGUGAUUGUCAGGCGUCAAGGGACACCACCAUGUAUGCCGUUUCAGCCGAUGCCAAGGGCCUGGAUACUGUUGUCAGUCUGCUGUCUGAUGUGGUGCUACAGCCCAGAUUAUCAGAUGAGGAGAUUGAGAUGACACGCAUGGCGGUCCGCUUUGAAUUGGAGGACCUGAACAUGAGGCCUGAUCCAGAGCCGCUGCUUACAGAGAUGAUUCAUGCAGCAGCUUUCAGUGAAAACACAGUAGGAUUGAACAGAUUCUGCCCAGCUGAGAACAUAGACAAAAUUGACAGGAAGGUUCUCCAUUCAUACAUGCGGAAUUACUACACACCCAAUAGGAUGGUAUUGGCUGGCGUUGGGAUCGAGCAUGACCAGCUGGUGGACUGCGCCCAGAAGUAUUUCCUUGGAGCUGAGCCUGUCUGGGGGAGCGGUACGGCUGCAGCAGUGGACAGGUCUGUCGCCCAGUACACAGGAGGGAUCCUCAAGCUGGAAAAAGACAUGUCAGAUGUGAGUUUGGGGCCCACCCCCAUCCCAGAGUUGACCCACAUCAUGAUUGGGCUGGAAACCUGUUCAUUUCUGGAGGAAGACUUUAUCCCCUUUGCCGUCCUGAACAUGAUGAUGGGAGGAGGUGGGUCCUUUUCUGCUGGAGGGCCAGGCAAAGGCAUGUUCACCCGGCUGUACCUCAAUGUGCUCAACCGGCAUCACUGGAUGUACAAUGCCACAGCCUACCACCACAGCUACGAAGACACAGGCCUCCUGUGCAUCCAUGCCAGUGCAGACCCCAGACAGGUUCGAGAAAUGGUGGAAAUAAUCACCCGGGAAUUCAUUUUAAUGGCAGGAGCAGUUGGAGAGGUUGAACUUGAACGAGCAAAGACUCAGUUGCAGUCCAUGCUGAUGAUGAACCUGGAGUCUCGGCCGGUUAUUUUUGAGGAUGUCGGAAGGCAGGUGUUGGCAACUGGCAUGAGGAAGCUGCCCCAUGAGCUCUGCGUCUUGAUUGGCAAAGUGAAUGCUAGCGACAUCAAGAGGGUGGUGACGAAGAUGCUGAGGAACAAGCCGGCUGUAGCUUCCCUGGGGGACUUGACUGAGCUGCCCAGUUACGAACACAUCCAGGCAGCCCUUUCCAGCAAGGAUGGGCGGCUCCCAAGGAUGUAUCGGCUCUUCCGUUAACAAGCCCUCUCGGAUCCACUUGUCGAGAUUUGUGGUUUCCCUGCCAAAGCAGCUCCCAUGUGUGUGUGUGUGUGUGAGCCCAGGAGAGGAAGCUUUGUGCAGGCUCUCCAGGCACCUUCGUAACUUUGAAAGGAGCACUGUCAACUCAAGCACCUUUGGCUCUGGAAACAGUUUCUUCUUAAGUUUCCUAAACGAACAGCAAUACAUGCACCAGUGAAAAGA